GGAGGAGCUGGAGAUGUGGGUCACAUGGGCCGCAAUGAGCACUUCUACUCAAAACACAACAGUCAGCAGCACAGCGCUACAGAGUCGUUCUGCUAUAGUGCAGGCUGAAGAAUCCUCCAUCUCCUCUCCUCUCAUCUUCUCUGAUCUCUUCCGUGGAUCUUCAGCUUUCUUCAGGAUCUCUCUGUGGUUCAGAGCGCACAGGAAAGCGCUCAGUUCCUUCUGUGUUCCUCUGCUUUCUAUUCUGAAGCUUCAACAGAUGGAACAAAUCUCACUAGUGGAUAUUUAUUAGGAGUGAUUCUACACGAUUCUUUCGGAGACCAAAAAAAAAUAUAUAUAUAGAAAUAUGGUCGGUUUUUAAAAGCAAUUACUGAAAUAGUGAUAGAUCUUUUUAUUUAAAAGAGAAAUCAGAAAGUUUAACAGAAAACAGAAGACGACAUGGAUUCCACCAAGCCGGGGGGCGUUAUAGCCUAUAUUAGCUCGUCGAGUUCGGCCCCCAGCCCCGAGUCGUGCCACAGCGACAGCUCCAACAGCAGCUAUCAGUUUUCCUCCUCUUCAUCGCCCAGGGCAUUGUUUUCUAACCGCCACAAUGGACAGCAGGUGGAUGCAACCAACUUCUCCCAGCCUUCUCACAGCACAUCCAAGACACGCUCAUCUUCUACCUCCAAAUCCAGUAUCACCAAGAUCAGUGGCCUGGUGUUGCUGUGUAAAGUGUGUGGAGACGUGGCUUCAGGAUUUCAUUACGGUGUUCACGCAUGCGAAGGCUGCAAGGGUUUCUUUCGGAGGAGCAUCCAGCAGAACAUCCAGUACAAGAAGUGCCUUAAGAAUGAGAACUGCCCCAUCAUGCGCAUCAACAGGAAUCGAUGCCAGCAGUGUCGCUUUAAGAAGUGUCUGCUAGUCGGCAUGUCUAGAGAUGCUGUGCGUUUUGGUCGAAUCCCGAAGCGAGAGAAACAACGCAUGCUGCUAGAGAUGCAGAGCGCCAUGAACAACAUGAUGAACAACAGCCAGCUCCAUAGCACAGGCUCUCCAAUUUCUAGCAGCCAGACUCAGACGUGUUCUUCAAAGCUCGUGUCUGGAGCCACACCCCACGUUCUUCCUUCCUUCUCUCCUGCCUCCCCUUCUUCUUCUCCUCAAAGCAGCCAAUCAGAGUCGAGCAACGACACCGAGCCUUCACUUCCAAUGGACACAAGCCCAAGCUCUGACUCAUCCAGUGCCACAGACAGCGGAGAAGAAGAAGUGGUUAGGAUAGGGACGAGGCCCAGUCACAGAGCCGAACGCAUCAUGGAGGACACGCAAGAAGUCUGGAACCAUCAUAACAACAUCGCUACGGUUGCACACCAGCUCCCGCGUUUACACAGUGUUCCUCAGGAUCCACAGGGAGAUCAUUCUCUCAGCCGGUGUCCUCAUAGAGUGAGCAACAGUGCCUCCGGUGGUCAGCUGCUUGCUAAUGCUGACCCGAGUCACCCGUGUUCUGCCUCUGGUAUCGACCAGUCAUUUCGGAACGAAACCAAUGGAAGCUAUGCGUGUUCGACAUGGAGUGGAGGCAACAGGAUGCAUCUAGUGUGUCCCAUGAACACGUCUCCCUACGUGGACCCGCAUAAAUCAGGCCAUGCAAUCUGGGAGGAGUUCUCCAUGAGCUUCACCCCCGCCGUAAGGGAGGUGGUAGAGUUCGCCAAACGCAUUCCAGGUUUCAGAGAACUGUCUCAGCACGACCAGAUCAGUCUCCUCAAAGCUGGUACUUUUGAGGUCCUGGUGGUCCGUUUUGCGUCGUUGUUCGAUGUGAAGGAACGCACCGUGACCUUCCUGAGUGGAACGAAGUACGAUGUGGAUACGCUGUGCUCUAUGGGUGCUGGUGACCUGCUUAACUCCAUGCUGGAUUUCAGCGAGAAGCUUCGAGCUCUGGACCUCAGUGAGGAGGAGAUGAGCCUCUUCACUGCUGUUGUUCUCGUCUCUGCAGACCGUUCAGGCCUGGAGAACGCGAAGUCCGUAGAAGCGCUCCAGGAGUCGAUGAUCCGCGUCUUGCGCAGCCUCAUCACGCAGAGCCACCCGAACGAGAGUGCCAUCUUCACCAAGCUGCUUCUCAAACUUCCUGAGCUACGCUCGCUUAACAACAUGCACUCGGAGCAGCUCCUGGCCUUCAAGGUCCAGCCAUGAAUAGCAGAUCUUUUUGUUGUUUUUUUUUCACCUCCAGAUUCUGUAAAUCUAUGAAAUUCUUGCAAAUUGGAGGCCUGAUGUAGAGGUGAGGGGGAGUAACCAGUGUACUGUAAAAGUAGUAAUAAUAAUAAUAAUAAUAAUAAUAAUAAUAAUAAUAAAGAGGAGCUGUGAUCCUUCACAGAGACUACAUGUUCAUAUGCAGUCCUCUUCCACAGAGGAACCUUCUUGAAUUUUAGACUUAAACUGUUCCACUGUCUGUGCAAUACGUCACCCAUGUUUACUGUAUUUUCAUGGUUGGAGAGAUGCGUGUCUACAUACAUGUGUAUGGCGGUGAAUGUACAAACGUAGGUACUAUAAAAAGAAUGUUACUUUCACUAUAUAAAUAUUCAUAUAUAUUUUUGGGGAAUUAUGGGAUGGGAUUUUCCAAACAUGCUCUGUUAACACGUGUAAAGAAAAACCUACCAGGUAUAAGAUGAAUGUGGACUUGCAGAAGCUGCUGAAAUGAAAUAGGAAUGUUUAACAGAUAUCUCUGUAUUUUUCCAAGUUAGGAUCAUCUAGCUGAGAAGAAAUGACCCUCGUUUUUAGCGUAAUGGUGCAGCUACGUUUACGUUUUUGUGAAUGAUAAUAGAUUUGGUAGGAAUCGAAUAAUCAUAAUAUUAUUAAUAAUAAAAAAUGCUCUGGCAGUGUUUUGACAUUUACAAGGAUUUAGAAGCAAACUCGAUGUUUUAGGAGGCUGCAUGCACUGAUUAUCAACGGGACCCAAUCGAAAAACUUUUCAAGAUUGUGUGUAUAUGAUAUUAUUUUUUUGAUGAGGUAGACGAGGUGGUAUUUGAAAAGUUCGAGACAAGUUUUGUAACAUACCAUGGCAGCACAAGGCUGCACACACAGUCACAGUGAGCACCGACCUUCACAAGUCAGUGUGCUAAAAUUGUCUUGUGUAUAUCAGGAUCAGUGCUUAAAAAAACUUGUUCAUGAUGAAAACGAAUCACGUGAUCUUACUUCCGCACCCAAGCUACUCUUACGCUUACGGACUCCGCCCUCUUCCCGGAGAUGAAGAUCCAACUCGGCGUUUUGACACCGCUGCGGAGAUCGAAUGGCAGAAGACUUCCAGGACACGUUCCAGAAGAACGCUGGGAUUAUUUUGAAGGUGAUCGUGUGGAAACGUCGAUAAAUAAAGUACUUCUUGUAAGCUAUGUCUCGAAACCAACUUGUACAUACCAGAAUGAGAUGUUUGUCCUGGCAGAUGGUUCCUAACUUGUGACUUCAAUGCUGGAUGAGUGACAAAUUAAAGGAAAAUCCAUUGGGACAUUCUCUAAUAUAGUCUGGGUCCAGUUUGAGUGAAGGAUUAUUUAUGAUUUAAUGGUAUGAUGAAACAUUUCUCAUGAUGGAAGACUGGUGUACACAGUUCCAGAAACUUGUACCAACUAAAUCAAGACUGACUGGAAAUGUUUUCCCUUUAAUUUAUCACCCACCUGCAAUUCUUUCUUUAUUUUUUUUUUCAGGCCAAGUAUGUACCAAUCCUUGAGUUAUUUUUGGCUCUGUUUUCAGUGCAGUUGUUGUGCAACACUUGAGAAAAUCACCAGACAGGCCGAGAGGAAGCUUGGAGCAAUCGCAGGAGACAAACAUGCUGCUCAAGGAGCUUUUUUUUGUAUUUUACGAUUCCUGACCUGUGCUUUCUGAAAUAUCUGAAUCUGAUGAUUGUGGUUUGGCAGAAAGAUCAGGUUUACCUCAUCAUGACUGUAGCGCAGUGAAGACAAUAGCGAUGGUGAUGCGUGAUGGAAAUGUUAUGCAAAUCAGUGAUAGUGUUCACAUUAAAACGUCCUUGUAGUUUGUCAUCCCAAAGCACUGAUUGUGUUUAAGCUUCCUCUCAGUAUCCAUCUGGAGCGUCUGUCAGCACUAAACUGCCAAAAGCUGGUCUGUAUUUGGUUCCUCUUUGUGAAAAUGUUCCAAAAGAACUAGAUUUAUAUGUGUAAGAUUAUAUAUAUAUAUAUAUAUAUACACAAAAAAUAUACAUAUAUAUAUUACAUAUAAAAUAAAACCUAUGAAUAAAACUC